AUGAAUUUGAACAAGUACAGGAAAGGGGCCUGCGUUUUAUUUCAUACCAGUGGCUACGACACACAAGCUGUUGUCAAGAACAAUGGCAGCACAGAGUACGGACUCUUCCAGAUCAGUAACAGAUUUUGGUGCAAGAGUAGCGAGUUCCCCAAGUCGGAGAACAUCUGUGGCAUCUCCUGUGACAAGUUCCUGAAUGAUGAGUUGGUAGACGAUAUAGCGUGUGCCAAGAAGAUCUUGGAUAUCAAAGGAAUCGACUACUGGAAGGCCUACAAGCCCAUGUGCUCUGAGAAGCUUGAACAGUGGCGCUGUGAGAAGCCGUGAGCUCCCAUCCUUGCUGCUCCUGCCCCUUGGUCAGGAGAGCCUCUUCCCUAAGGCUACCUCAGCUUGGUUCUUUCUAUCACCGUGAAGAUGAUCUGACGGUCUCUGAGCCUUGUACUUACUCUGUAGUGACACCAUCGGACUCUAGAGGACUUUUUUUUCAAUGGGAGUGUGACUGGCGCACUGGACUGCAAACCCUUGCUUAGUGAGGGCAAGGGUCUUAAUGGAGGUUUCACGAAAGUGAGAGAGCCCUCUCCUGUCCCAAAUAAAGGGCCCAACUUGAA